AUGGCUGACAAGGCUUCUGCGAAGGGAAAGAAGUCCCUCAUUCUCAACGCCUUUGUGAUGAUGUGUAGCGGCCAUCAAUCUCCAGGUUUAUGGCGCCACCCGGAUGACAAGUCGUGGAGAUUUGACGAAACAGAGCAUUGGGUUGAACUGGCGAAGCUACUUGAGUCGGCCAAGUUUCACGGCAUCUUUAUUGCUGAUGUGCUAGGUGGUUACGAUGUGUACACAAAGUCUUUGGAUCCAGCGAUCGUCUCUGGUGCGCAGUGGCCCGUGACAGAACCCCUUGCAGUGGUUCCCGCCAUGGCCGCGGCGACGAAAAGCAUCGGCUUUGGCGUGACUAUUUCUACCACAUACGAGCAGCCAUACCACUUGGCUAGGAGGAUUUCUACUAUUGAUCACUUAACCAAAGGGCGGCUGGGCUGGAAUAUUGUAACGAGUUAUUUGGACUCGGCUGCCAAAAAUAUGGGACGCAACGAGCAGUUGGAUCACGACGAGCGCUACGCCCAAGCGGAGGAAUACAUGAAAGUCAUGUACAAACUGUUCGAGGCAUCUUGGCGCGAUGAUGCGGUGAUUCUUGACCGUGAACGGGGUGUUUAUACCAACCCAGAUCUUGUUCGCCAGAUCAAUCACGAAGGGAAGUACUACACAGUUCCUGGUCCACACAUUGUCCAUCCCAGCCCACAGCGAACACCGCUGCUUUUGCAAGCUGGCGCGUCCAAGUCAGGGAAACUUUUCGCUGCCCAGCAUGCAGAAGCGAUAUUUACUUCUGCUCACGCUCCCGAAGCGUGCAAGAAGAACAUCGCAGAGAUACGGCAAACUGCAAAAGACGUUUUCGGCAGAGACCCACGAAGCAUCAAAGUGCUCGCUCUGGUCACUCCAAUUCUGGGUAAAACUGAAGAGGAAGCACUCGCCAAGUACAACGACUACAAGAAGUAUGCCUCCCUCGACGGGGCACUUUCGCUUUUUGGCGGCUGGACGGGGAUGGAUCUGAGUGCCUACGGCGAUGACGAAGAGUUGCGCGAAGUUGAAAGCAACGCUGUGAGGUCGACCGUUCAGGCUUAUGCAAGGUUCUCGCCAGCGAACGCAAAAUGGACAAAGCAUACGGUUGCUGAACAUGUAAGCCUGGGUGGCAAUGGACCACUGUUCGUGGGAACUCCCGGGCAAGUCGCGGACAGUCUCGAAACUUGGGUCCAGGAGGCCGACGUCGACGGAUUUAACCUAGCAUAUGCGUUAUUCCCGCAAACCUUCCAAGACAUUAUUGACCUGCUGCUUCCUGAGCUGAGAAGGCGCGGUUUGUUUUGGGAAGAUUACUCAGUCCCAGGCGGAACGUAUCGCGAAAACUUUUACACUGAAGCUGGCCAGAAGCACGCCAAGCAAGAACAUGUGGCAUCAAAGUAUCAUUGGAAGGCAGGGCGGACUGCAGCGCAAAGUACUUUCCCGGAAUAG